UCUGAUAAUUUUGCAGCCACACCAAGCGUUGACUGUUCUGAAUCCAAUUUGUAUGCCCAUAUAGUAUAGUUGUACUCCCUUUAAACCAAGUGUGCUAAUGACAUCUUUGUAAGCUUGUCGACUGAAGAGAGCGCGGGUAAGAGAAACCGAAUAUCUAACGAAUGUCGAACGUCAAACUAACUUUACCUUGGUCAACCUCUCUCAGUCCAUAUUACAUGUGAACGUCAGCGAUGGGCUCGGCUCCGAAAAUGACACACACGGUUCUUUUGAGUGUUACGAUAAGCUUGAUGGCCGUCGUCUUUGGCCGCAGUCCACGCACCGUGGAUCAGGUAUCGGAGGCUGAUAUCCAGCGCCUGCUUCACGGCGUGAUGGAGCAGCUUGGUAUUGCUCGGCCCAGGGUGGAGUAUCCCGCGCACCAGGCCACCAACAUAGUGGGUCCUCUCAGUAUCCAGGGUGGUGCCCAUGAGGGACUCCAGCAUCUCGGACCUUAUGGGAACAUCCCCAACAUUGUUGCUGAGUUAACUGGGGACAGUGUUCCCAAAGACUUCAGUGAGGACCAUGGGUACCCCGACCCUCCCAAUCCUUGCCCCCUUGGAAAGACUGCUGCUGAUGAAUGUUUAGAGAACUCUCCAGACACUGCAGAAUUUAGUAAAGAAUUCCAGAAACAUCAGCACCUUUUUGACCCCGAGCAUGACUACCCUGCACUAGCAAAGUGGAACAAAGGACUGUUGUAUGAAAAACUGAAGGGUGGGCCAGAAAGAAGAAAAAGGAGUGCAAAUCCCUAUCUGAUGGGACAGAGGCUGGAUAAUGUUGUGGCCAAGAAAUCAGUGCCACAUUUCCCAGAGGAAGAUGAGGUUGAAACCUCUACAAGCAAUAUCAAGACCUGAACAUCAUGUUGCUCUUUAAUAUCUGUAUAAUAAAAAUGACUUAUCAGUAUCACAGUAAAGUUAAAGCAUUAAAUUGUGUGCGAUAUUCAAAUGAAUCAUAUUAUGGAAAGAGAAGGAAAAGGUGUUUGUAACAUGAAUGAUUUUUAUCUUGGCUUAAACUUUGUUGUAAUAACAUUUAAUCAAAUAAAAUGAUGUAUAUGUUCAUGUGCAGAAAUACUGAGGCAUUGUGAAUCAUCAUUUAGAAUUACAAAAGUCAAUUUUCAAUAUCACAAUAUGCAUCCAUAGUUAUCAUGAAGGGCCUCACCCUCUCGAGGCACUGGGACAUCCCCAAAAUGCUGUGAAUGAUCUUAGGUUCAGAGGAGGCGUGGACUGCCCCUUGUAUUCUGAACCAGUCUCUUAAAUAUCAGCAUUCAGAACUUCCAUCCCUUAUUUUGACUACACUUUGAGAUCUGGAUCAUUUGAGUCAAUCUAUACUCAUUGUAGUUUCGUCCAUGAGAAGAGGGACAAACAAUUAUUAAUCUAAGGUAACUUUACAAAUCUGCUCAAUAAUUAUGUAUGUUUUGCUAAAUGUUUAUAUAUUAAUAUUCACACCUGAAAUUUCCUUAAAAUUAUGCAUGAAAGUUGAGUAAAAAAAAAAAAAAUCCUUAUUUACAUAUUCCAUUAUAGUUUGUGAAAAUAUAUGAAAAGUACAUUUUUGUAAUAUUUUGAGGCAUAUAUGCAUAUAUGUACAAGUAUGUGAUUUUUUUUUUUUAUAUCACCGAAACUAUACAUGAACAUAUAUUAUAGAGUAUAUGUGUGUUACAUGUAUUGCCAUAUAUUAGAUUUCUGUAUGGAGUGUUUCCUUUUAAAAUAGCUUAAAUCUAUGAAUUAUAAAUGCUCAAGUAUAUGACUUUAUAUUAGUGAAAUCCAUACGAGCAUACACAUUGUGUUUUACACGUAUUUCAUGAUAUUUCUGUAUGGAAAAACAGCUUAAAUCUAUAAAUUUCAACAAAUAAUAAAUAAUUAUU